AUGGCGGAGAAUGUCGCAGACAAGGUGGAAGAUCGAAUGCAAGUGGACGAGCAAGAUACAAUGCCGGACGAAAACCCAACGGCAGCGGAGCAGCCGUCGAGUGAAUGCACGAGAGUCAUGGAGCAGCUGAAGCGAACCCAGCCCCGACUACCGAUCUCCAAAGUCAAGAAGAUCGCAAAAAGCGACCCCGACUACAUACUGACCGCGGGAAAUGCAUUCAUGGCUGUUGCUUUCGCGGCAGAGCUGUUUGUGCAGUCGCUCACAGAAGAAAUGAUUCAGCUGUCGUACCUGUCAAGCAAGUCGAGUAAUUCCAAGAGCGUGCGGCUAAGCUAUCAGCAUCUGUCCGAGUGUGUUGCUAGGAAAGAGAACUAUCUAUUCCUCGAAGAUGUUGUACCAAAGACCAAGAACCUCCGGACGCUGGUCAAGGAGAACAAGGUUAGAUACAUGACAAGGCCUGAAGGGCAACAAACCCUUCCGUUCCGGGAGAAGACGGUGGAACCUGAAGGAGAAGAAGGGGACGAAGAAGAGCAGGACUCGGCAGAGGAGGACGUGGAGGAUCCCGCGGUGGAAGAACAGUUGAAGGAAAUCGAAGAGAUGAACCGAGUGCCAGACUUGCCCGGUGAUGGGAACCAUUCUGAAGAGGAACAGAGCGACCAUGGCGAAGAAGAUGAACCACCAGCCAACUGA